AUUUAGUUCUUUGAUGCUAGCAACAAAUAAAAUUAAUUCAGGAGAAAAUAUGCUGCCAAUAUCGCAAAGAGAACAGCGAUUAUAAAAUCAACAAUCAAGUGCUAUAAUUCAAUUCUCAUCUAAUCCUAAUAGCAAUGAUGAUGCUACCAUUUAAACUUCCAAGUUGAAUAAAGGGGGUGAGACAUUACAAUAGCAUUCUCAUCAAGUAGAAACAUAACAUAAAGAAGGUUUAAAUGAUCACUAAUUCGAGAACUAAAACAUUGAUUAUGAUUCUGCAAGCUAUUCUCAUUUAUAGAUCGCUGAUGAGCAGAAUAAAUACAACACAAAAAGACUAGAUUCACAACAGGCAGUCAAAAAGGAAGAUGUACAAAUUGAAGUCAAUAUUCCAACUCAUAAUAUUUAAUAGAGUGAUAGUCAGAAAUCCAUUUCAAUUAUUCGAUUUGAUGACAAUUCCGAAGUUAGAAACAAUGGUAAAACAGGUAAAACUUAAGUUAAUAUCCAGAAUCAAUACCAAUUGCACACUAUAUCCUGAUUCCAGUUUAUUAAAGAAAAUAGAAUUUUCAAGACAAUAAUCCAUAAGAAGAAUCAGAUUUACACCCACUUGACUAAAAUCCAAUUUGCCCUAUUUGCAGUUCAAAUUUUGAAAGAAUCGUCAGACUUCUAGAAUGCGAACACAUGUUUUGUGAGUAUCAAUUUAUCAUAUUCCAAAGGAGUUGCUACAAAGAAUACUUAGAAGACAGAAUCAAAAUUGCAAAAAUACAUAACAUUCCCUGUUUACAAGAAGGAUGCAACGUCAUUUUCUCAGAAGAUGUCAUUAAGUCAAUUGUGAGUGAAUAGAAAUUCCAAUUAUAUUUGGUUUUCAAGAGAAAGUAUGAAAUCGAGAAUGAUCCUAAUAAAAAGUGGUGUCCAGCAAAAGGCUGCGAUCGCUAUAUUGAAAAAGACCCAAAAACUAAUUUGAUACAGUGCGAAUGUGGUUAGUUAGUCUGUUUUAAUUGUGGCCAGGUUGCCCAUCAAGGAAUGCUAUGUGAAGUAUACGUACUUCUAUAUUUUAGGAUGCAAUUUAAGGAGAUUUUAAAUAGGCUUUGGCUAAAUAUUGUAUAAAGUAUUGUCCAAAAUGCAAAUCCCAUAUUUAAAAAAAUGCUGGAUGUAACCAUAUGACUUGCGCAAAUUGUUCAUUUCAGUUUUGCUGGGUUUGUUUGUAACCCUAUCAUGAAUAUCACUAUCGAUAUUGGUCGAUCAGGGGAUGUGCUAGUACUUCAUUCAAUUGAUUGUAGUUUGGUCCAAUGGUCGUUUUAACACGAGGAAGGAGGUUCCAAAUCCUGAUAAGAUGAGGAAAAUCUUCUUCAUCCCCAGAGUGAUUCUCUAUACAUUUAGAUGCCCUGUUCUGAUAGUUAAGUUGGUUUUGAAAUCGGCCUGCAAGUCUGUUGUGAAGCCUUUCGUACUACUCAAUAAGAAAUUGUGCAGAUCAUCAAGGCCCAAAUUUUGGUAUUAGAUUGUUCAAUAUUAGUCUUUUUGCAUGCAUUUAUUUUCUAUUAGGAGAAUUAUUAAUCUUGUUAAUUGUAAUCCUUGUCUUUCCUUUUUUUUUGUUUUAUCAAUGUGGCAAAGAAAUAAAGUGGCUUUCCAUUAAGGGUUGUGCCUAUUGA